GGAUCACGUACUUCGGAUCACUGUUUAGCAUUUUUCAGAUAAAAGACAUUGCUCUUUUGAGAAGCAGGGUAAUCUUCACACUGUUCCCUUUAUAAAACAAAAGGUUGUACUUCUGUUGCAUUGAAAAACAAACCAAAAACAAAGGAGCUGAAUUUCUCAAACCAAUGGGGUCACCAACUCCUAUCCUUUACUUUCUCCUCCUAAUUCUUCUUGUCUCUCUACAUCACACACCAUCUUUUGCAGACAAAAAAAAGUCAUAUGUGGUAUACUUAGGAAGCCAUUCACAUGAUUCUUCGGAAAUGUCUUCAGUUGACUUUAACAGUGUAACAAAUUCUCACUAUGAGUUUCUAGGAUCUUUCUUAGGAAGUUCUGAUACAGCAAAAGAUUCAAUUUUUUACUCUUACACAAGACAUAUAAAUGGUUUUGCUGCAAAUUUGGAAGAAGAAAUAGCAGCUGAGAUAGCAAAACAUCCAAAAGUGUUGUCAGUGUUUGAGAACAAUGGAAGGAAAUUGCAUACAACUCGUUCAUGGGGAUUCAUGGGGUUAGAAGAUAAUUAUGGGGUGAUUUCAUCUAACUCAAUAUGGAACAAAGCCAGAUUUGGUGAUGGUGUCAUUAUAGCAAACCUUGAUACAGGUGUUUGGCCUGAAUCUAAGAGCUUUAGUGAUGAAGGGUUUGGACCAAUUCCAUCAAAGUGGAGAGGAAUAUGUGGUAAAGGGAGUGAUCAUGGUUUUCAUUGCAAUAGGAAACUAAUUGGAGCAAGAUAUUUUAACAAAGGCUAUGCAUCAAGAGUAACCACCCCACUAAACUCAACCUUUGAGACACCUCGCGACAAUGAAGGCCAUGGAUCACACACUCUUUCAACAGCAGGUGGAAACAUGGUACAAGGUGUAAAUGUCUUUGGUCAAGGAAAUGGAACAGCAAAGGGUGGUUCACCAAGAGCAAGAGUUGCAUCAUACAAAGUUUGUUGGCCUCCGGUUAAUGGCGACGAGUGUUUUGAUGCAGACAUACUUGCAGCUUUUGAUAUGGCUAUCCAUGAUGGUGUUGAUGUCUUGUCUUUGUCACUUGGUGGUUCUGCUUCUAACCUUUUCAAUGAUAGUGUUGCUAUUGGAUCUUUUCAUGCUGCUAAGAAAGGUAUUGUUGUUGUUUGUUCUGCUGGAAAUAGUGGACCAAAUGAAGCUACUGCAGAAAAUCUAGCUCCUUGGUAUAUUACAGUUGGUGCUAGCACAAUGGAUAGAGAGUUUCCUAGUUAUGUUGUUCUUGGUAACAAUUUAAGGUUCAAGGGAGAAAGCUUAUCAGCUACAAGAUUAAAACACAAAUCCUACCCAAUUAUUAAAGCAACAGAUGCUAAAUUGGCAAGUGCAACAAUUCAAGACGCUGUGCUUUGCCAGAAUGGAACACUAGACCCUAACAAGGUGAAGGGUAAAAUAGUAUUAUGCCUGAGAGGAAUAAAUGCUAGAGUAGACAAAGGAGAACAAGCUCUUCUAGCUGGUGCUGUAGGAAUGGUUCUUGCCAAUGAUAUCACUACUGGAAAUGAAAUUUUAGCUGAUCCUCAUGUUCUUCCUGCUUCUCACAUCAAUUUCUCUGAUGGUGUAGAUGUCUUCAAAUACGUCAACUCAACCAAGUCUCCAGUGGCUUAUAUUACAUAUCCAACAACAAAAUUGCAUACUAAACCAGCACCUUUCAUGGCAGCAUUUUCAUCCAAAGGACCAAACACUAUUGUACCUGAGAUUCUAAAGCCUGAUAUUACUGCACCAGGAGUGUCAAUUAUAGCAGCCUACACUGAAGCUGAAGGGCCAACUGACCAAGAGUUCGACAAACGCCGCAUUCAGUAUAACUCAAUAUCCGGCACAUCGAUGUCAUGCCCUCACAUUUCGGGCAUUGUGGGCCUUUUGAAAGCCUUGUAUCCUUCUUGGAGUCCUGCUGCUAUUAAAUCAGCUAUCAUGACCACAGCUACAACAUUAGACAACGAAGCGGAGACAAUUCUGAAUGCUACUUUCAUCCAUACAACACCAUUUAGCUACGGAUCCGGACAUGUUCAACCAAACAAAGCAAUGGAUCCUGGUCUUGUUUACGACACACCAACGAACGAUUACGUCAACUUCUUAUGUGCUUUAGGGUAUAAUGAAACACAAAUGUCAGUGUUUUUAAAAGCCCCUCACCAAUGUCAUAAAAAAUUUAAUAUCAUCAACCUAAACUAUCCUUCAAUUACUGUUCCAAAUCUCAAUCGGUCGGUGACGGUUACAAGGACAUUAAAAAACGUUGGUGCUCCAGCGACAUACAUUGUUCAUGUUCAGAAUCCAAAUGGAAUAACUGUUUCUGUGAAGCCAAAUGUAUUGGAGUUCAAACAUGUUGGUGAAGAGAAGAGAUUUGAGGUAAAAUUGAAGGUGAAGAAAGGAAAAGCAACAAAGAGUUAUGUGUUUGGAAAGUUAGUUUGGUCUGAUGGGAAACAUUAUGUUAAGAGUCCAAUAGUUGUGAAAGCUAUCUAGUUUAGCUAGAAAUUGAAGUGAUUUAGUAGCUAAUUUAAAUUUAUAAUUGAUUUGUGGCUUAUUAUUCCAAAUUGUAUCAUAUAGCCACUGAUUAAAUUUUCGUGUAUGGGAAUUUUCUCUUACAAUGAUUGUGUAAGAGAAGAAAAAAAAUAACAAUUAAAUAAUGUUAUCAUAA